AUGGCCGCACGGGGGUCGCCUCGCUUCGCGUCGUCGGCCGCGGCCCGGCCCCUUAUUUAUCAGCUUCGAGAGGCCGCGUCCUCCAAUGACUCUCGAAGGCGGCGCGGCCCCUCCCUCCUUCACGGCGCGGGCCCCCCUCCCAGCGUCCCGGGCCGCCGCGUCCCGGCUCCGACCUGCGGGGAGGAGAGGCGGGAGGCGGGCCGCUUCCCCAGGGUGUGCCCGCCCCCGGCCCGCCCCUCCGUCUCCCCGGUGGUUCCCAGGGAUCAGUGCCCCGAAGCCCCGGGGGCGCCCCUCCGCCCGCCAGCUCCCAGCGCAGGUGCCUCCGGCCGGGAGGCGGGAGCCGCCUGUGAUCGCGGGGCCCGGGAGCGGGAGCCGGCCUCCAGCCCCUCGUCCCGACUGGCUGCGGCCUCCCAGGGCCAGGUUCCGCCAGCUCCUCCCGUGCGUGGAAUCCUACGGAGAAUAGAAGCCAAACAGGUUUCUCUGGGAAUGGCCGGGCACGACGGAUGGAAAAAUGCAACUUCUCAAGUCCCACCUUCAACCUACAGCGCCCCGGGCUUUACACGUAGAAUAGAUUGCCUACUUUUCCUCCCUCCUCCAGCCAGGACCCAGAGGCAGGACCCUAGGCUCCAGCUCUCCACCCCUUCGCUCUCGCGGGCCCCAGAUGAACAGCAAAGGACGGGGAGCAGCCCUGGCUGGACAGUGGAUGCCGGAGCGGAGAGAGCAUCUUGGAAGCCGGGGUGGAGCGGGCGGAGCUGGCUGGCACCGGGGACCGGGAAGGAAGGGGGUGAUUUGCGUAGUGAAUGUGUCCGCGGUCUAGGUGGACUUCCCUAUUUGGGGAAGCCUAGGCCGUUGCCCCUGUUGAACUCCUCUACCAGAAAUCUCUCAACUAAAAUCCCCAGACCGGAAUGCUCCGGGAACCUCGGGGAGCUACGGCCGCGCCUGGCCGGGGGUGGCCCUAGUUGUGGAGAGAGAGACCGGAUCCCCGCAGGUGUAUUUGCGCGGCAGCCCCCCUGGAAGGACUCUACCCUUUCUAACCGCACUGCCUCUCCAGGACGGGACGAUGGUCCGCAGGAUCAGAAGCCUCUAGGGGACAGCGCCCCCUUGCCGGCCGCGGGCGUCCCCUUCCCCGCCUGCAGCCUCGCGCGCUCCCAGCGCGCGGUUCCGGAGCAGAGAGUGCCCGCAUUCAAGCACCAGGUUUGUUGUAGUUCACUGAACAGCAUUUACAGGAACACAGGACUUGAAGUCAAAAAUGGUUGCUUCAAGUUACUAGUGGUGUGAUGAUAGUUCAUUCACCCGAUCUCAGCCUCAAUUUCUUCGCCAGUGAAAUGGGGAUAAUACAGGAUUCCUGACAUGGUGUUUUUGAAAGAACCUCAGGCAACCGGUCCCAUCACUUCAUGGCAGAUAGAUGGGGAAACAGUGGAAA